AUGCGCGAACGUCGUCUAACCAUUAAAGAUCUCCCUAAUAUAGCUAAUGUGGAAGAAGUGACAGAGGCUUUAAACAGGCACUUGCAUUGCAGUUUAGUGAAAGACAGAAAUAUAGCAAGUACUUACGAUUACUACGUGGCUUUAUCACAUACGGUGAAAGAUCGCUUAGUUGGACCUUGGAUUCGCACUCAGCAAGCUUAUUAUGAGAAAGACCCCAAAAGAAUAUGCUACUUAUCCAUGGAAUUCUAUAUGGGAAGAUUCCUGACAAACUUAAUUAUAAACAGUAGGAUGAAAACAGCGGUCGAAGAAGCACUGUAUAGCUUAGGUCUUGAUUUGGAAGAAUUAGCAGAUGUCGAAGAAGAUGCCGGCUUAGGAAACGGAGGCCUCGGAAGAUUAGCAGCUUGUUUUCUGGAUUCCAUGACUACGCUAGGAAUACCCGCUAUUGGAUACGGACUACGGUAUGAAUUUGGAACUUUCACUCAAAAGAUCAUAGAUUGUGAACAAGAAGAAUACCUUGACGACUGGUUGGCAAUUGGGAAUCCUUGGGGAAUAGCUAGACCUGAGUCUAUGGUAUCUGUCCAGUUUUAUGGUAAAGUCCAACACGAUGAAGAUGGCUACCGAUGGAUAAAUACUUUUGACGUUCCUGCUUUGCCCUUUGAUUACCCGAUUCCAGGAUUUGAAAAUAACAUCGUGAACACACUGCGUCUGUGGUCGGCGAAACCCUACAAAAGUUUUCUGCUGCGAUACUUCAACGAAGAUUACACCGCUGAAAUGCUGUGUAAAAGGAAUUUCGAGAACAUCACACGAGUUCUGUAUCCGGAGGACAAUUACUACAGGGGCAAGCAGCUGCGCAUAAAGCAAGAAUAUUUUUUAGUUUCCGCAACGCUUCAGGACAUCAUCAGGCGGUAUAAAUGCCCCUAUUUUAUAGAGACGAAAGUGGCGCGAACGUCUUUCGAAGAUUUCCCGAAGAAGAUUGUCGUCCAACUCAAUGAUACGCACUUGACCUUAGCCAUUCCAGAGUUGAUGAGGAUAUUUAUAGACGUCGAAAAAGUUCCUUGGAAUGACGCAUGGGCCAUCGUCAAAAAAACGUUCGCUUUUACGAAUCAUACAGUUCUGCCGGAGGCUCUAGAAAGAUGGCCUGUGCGAAUGCUGACUGAGCUAUUGCCUCGACACAUGCAAAUUAUUUUCGAAAUAAAUAGAAGAUUUCUGGAAUUGGUCGCUGAAAUGUUUCCUGGAGACGACAGCAAGAAACGCAAAUUGUCCGUGAUCGAAGAAGGAAAUGAGAGAUACGUCAACAUGGCUUAUUUAGCAAUUGUAGGAUGUUUUGCUGUCAAUGGGGCUGCAUGCUUUUUAGAUUCCAUGGCCACCUUAGGCAUAGCUGCUCACGGGUACGGCCUACGUUACGAAUUUGGAAUAUUCACUCAAAAAAUCGAAAACAAGGAACAGGUCGAAUAUCCUGACGAUUGGCUCGCCCUUGGAAAUCCCUGGGAGUGCACCAAACAGGAAUCCAUGGUAACUGUCAAUUUCUACGGACGUAUCGUGCCGGAUGAAGAUGGAUUUCGCUGGGUCGAUGCUGUUGAAGUUCUUGCACUGCCUUACGACUAUCCUAUUCCAGGCUUCGAAAAUAAUGUUGUAAAUACGCUGCGCCUGUGGGCUGCAAAGUCACCUGAAAGUUUUUCGUUGCGUUUUUUCAACGAUGGCGAUUACAUUAAUGCUGUUUUGGACAGAAACAACGCAGAAAAUAUCACCAGGGUUUUAUAUCCAAACGACAACUUUUUUAGAGGAAAGGAAUUGCGAUUGAAGCAGGAAUUCUUUUUAGUGUCUGCGACUCUGCAGGAUAUCAUUCAUCGUUACAAAAUGCCUGAAUAUGGUGAAGUAAGAGAUGGACAAAAGUCUUUUAAAGAUUUUCCCAAUAAGGUAGCUAUUCAACUGAAUGAUACGCAUCCCUCUUUAGCCAUACCAGAACUAAUGAGGAUACUGAUGGACGAUGAGAAACUGUCAUGGGAGGACGCUUGGAAGAUAUCAGAGCAAACCUUUGCCUACACUAAUCACACGGUUUUGCCCGAAGCUUUGGAAAGAUGGCCAGUUUGCAUGAUGGGUAACCUUUUGCCGCGGCACUUGCAGAUAAUUUUUGAAAUUAACAGAAGAUUCCUUGAAGAAGUUGCCAGAAAAUUUCCGAACGAUGAUGACAGACUUCGAAGAAUGUCUUUGAUCGAAGAAGGGGGUGAGAAGCGAGUGAACAUGGCUCACUUGUCCAUUGUUGGCUCUCAUGCUGUUAAUGGCGUAGCUGCAAUUCAUUCAGAAAUUAUAAAGAGAGAUCUAUUUAAGGACUUUUUUGACAUGAUGCCCGAUAAAUUCCAAAACAAAACUAACGGUGUAACUCCGCGACGUUGGUUAUUAAUGUGUAACCCUCUUUUAGCUGAUGCUAUUACAGAGAAAAUUGGACGAAAUUGGAUAACGCACUUGGAUAAUUUAGCAGAACUCAAGCCUUUGGCAAAUGAUAUAGACUUUCUGCGACUUCUUAUGCAAAUAAAGCGCAAUAAUAAGAGAAAGCUAGCGGACUACAUAAAAGAUAAUUUUGGAAUUAAUGUCAGCGUUGACUCUAUGUUUGAUAUCCAAGUCAAACGAAUUCACGAAUACAAAAGACAACUUCUGAAUUGCUUGCAUAUUAUCACACUAUACAAUAGAAUCAAGAAAAAUCCGCAUGAGAAUAUUGUCCCGAGGACUAUUAUGAUUGGUGGAAAAUCCGCUCCGGGAUAUGCCAGGGCAAAAGACAUAAUUCGUCUGAUCUGUGGGAUUGCUGAUGUCGUGAAUAAGGAUUCGGAAAUCCGUGAUAAGUUAAAAGUUGUAUUCCUGGAAAAUUACCGAGUGACGUUUGCUGAAUUGGUCAUCCCUGCUGCAGACCUCAGUGAACAAAUAUCCACAGCUGGAACUGAAGCAUCUGGGACAGGCAACAUGAAAUUCAUGAUGAAUGGUGCUUUAACUAUCGGGACAUUGGACGGCGCCAACAUUGAAAUGAUGGAAGAAGCAGGAGAAGAAAAUAUGUUCAUAUUUGGCAUGACAGUUGAAGAAGUUGAAGGAUUGAAACGAAAAGGAUACAACGCCUGGGAUUACUACAAUCGAAUCGGAUCUUUGCGUGAAGCUAUUGACCAAAUUAAAAAUGGAUAUUUCAGUCCGGGAGACCCACAUAGAUUCGGGGAGGUUGUGAAUGUCUUGAUGAACUAUGACCAGUAUCUCGUCUUUGCUGAUUAUGAAGCUUACAUGCAUUGCCAAGAACGAGUCAGUCAAGUGUAUUCGAAGCCAGAAGAAUGGGCGAAAAUGUCUUUGAUGAAUAUAGCUUCGUCUGGGAAAUUUUCGAGCGACAGAACGAUAGAACAAUACGCAGCUGAAAUAUGGGGUGUCAAAACUACUCACGAAAAGUUGCCCGACCCACAAUUUCCAAACAGCAUCCAACAUUUUUGA